UGUAAGCUCCUCGAGGCUCCGCCCCUCGGCCCAGCCCUUGACCACGCCCCUUCUGCGCGCGGCUCGUCCCCGCCUUCCGGGCUCUGCGGAGGAGAUUGACUGGCAGCAGUCCCCGUGGCCUGUGGUGCUCCGAGGAAGAGCCAUGGCUACUUUCCGCCUGGCCCUCAUCCAGCUUCACGUUUCUUCCAUUAAAUCAGAUAACAUUGCCAGGGCUUGUAGCCUAAUCCGGGAGGCAGCGAAGCAAGGUGCCAACAUAGUUUCGCUGCCGGAGUGCUUCAAUUCUCCAUAUGGGACAAACUACUUUCCUGAAUACGCAGAGAAGAUUCCUGGAGAGUCCACACAGAAGCUUUCUGAGGUAGCAAAGGAGAGCGGCAUAUACCUCAUUGGAGGCUCCAUCCCUGAAGAGGAUGCUGGGAAACUGUAUAAUACCUGCCCUGUGUUUGGGCCUGAUGGAAAUUUACUGGUAAAGCACAGAAAGGUCCAUCUGUUUGACAUUGAUGUUCCUGGAAAAAUUACAUUUCAAGAAUCUAAAACAUUGAGUCCUGGUGAUAGUUUCUCCACAUUUGAUACUCCUUACUGCAGAGUGGGCCUGGGCAUCUGCUAUGACAUGCGCUUCGCAGAGCUUGCACAAAUCUAUGCACAAAGAGGCUGCCAGCUCUUGGUGUAUCCUGGAGCUUUCAAUCUGACCACAGGACCAGCCCACUGGGAGCUGCUUCAGCGAGCCCGGGCUGUUGAUAAUCAGGUGUAUGUGGCUACAGCCUCUCCUGCUAGGGAUGACAAAGCCUCUUAUGUGGUCUGGGGACACAGCACUGUUGUGGAUCCUUGGGGGCAGGUUCUAACCAAAGCUGGCACAGAGGAAACGAUCCUGUACUCAGAUAUAGACCUGAAGAAGCUGGCUGAAAUCCGGCAGCAAAUCCCCAUUUUAAAACAGAAACGAGCAGACCUCUAUAAGGUGCAGACACAGAAGCCUUGAUGCCUGUGUCAAAAAUGACACAAACAGGACGAUGCUCUAAGAUGAUCAAUUCUACUAAAUCUUUUUUGGGGACAUGACCCUUCAUGUUAAUUCUAUCAAUGAUCUGUGUCACAAGGCCCCUAUUUUAAUUAAAAGUUUCUUCUUAAAUGUGCUUGGUUUCUACCUCCUAACCAUUUAGUCUGAUGGUUCUUAGGCAUUUCAGCCUCAAGGUCCUUUUGCACAAUUAAAAGCUGAAGCCUCUAAGCAUUUUUGUUUCCAUGUGUGGUGGGCUGGUCCCAACUGUCUGAGAAAAUGUACAUUUACAAGAGCACUAAUUUUAUUGGUUCUAAUAUCCCACCAACAUGACGCUUUCAAAAUUUUUUUAUUAAAAAUUAUUUUCAUACAGUAUAUUUUGAUGUUUUUCUUCUUCCCCAAUUCCUCUCCACUCAUCCAAAUUUAUGUUUUCUCUAUCUAAAACAAACAAAAACUCCAUAAAUGAAAAUCAACAAGCAAAAGACCAAUAAAGACAAAAGGAAACAAAAAGUCUACAAAAAAAGAAAACAAUAGAACUUAAUGUGACACUUGUAAACAGGAAUAGAUGUGCAGUUGGGCCCUGUGACCUAUACAAUACUGGUUUAGCACACCAUUGGUUCAAUACCAUACUGGUAAAUCAAAACUUUUCCAAUAUAAAAGUAUAUAGGCUAUUAUUGUGGUUACUUACAGAAGAAUAAGAAAAUCUAGUGACUCAAAAAAAAACAAAACAAAACAAAAAAAAACGAA